GAACUCGCAUUGGUUGUGUUCGGACGCUUUGGAGAACGGUCGCUGUUUGGGAUCCCCAAAUCGACUUGUCGAGUGAAUUGUCUCUUGGUGAUGAUACAGUGACAGUGAUUUGUUCUAUCUUUGUCAAAUGAUUUCACUCAAUUGAAGUGCACAAAGUGGUUAUAUCGAAUGGUCUAUUCAACCAUUUCCUCUUUCAAACACUGAAAGCGGUCUCACCAGUGUUUCAAUUCCGCCUCGUUUGGCGCUUGUCUUUGCUCAAAAAAAUCUCUCUCACUCUCCCCAAAUACGAAUUGGAAAUAUAAUCAUAUCGAUAUACAAUCUCAUGGAAUUAAUGCUGAAUUCGUGACGUUAUUGUGAUUUCUUGUGCUAUUUCAAACCAUUUGAUCUCUUAGUCUCGCUGGGCGAGAGUUUUGGGAAAAGUAAGAGAUCUCAUCCGGAUUUCAAGCUUAUAAUCUUUCGAUCAUGACUCAGUGAAAUUCAGUGAUUUGUCGGUGUUGUUCUGCAUUGAAAUUAGUGACUUUUGUUCACAGCAAGAAUUCCACAUAAUUAAAUCACGAGGCAUCUCUUCAUGGCACUUGAAAAGAUUCUCUGAACAUCCCAAGUUUUGCCACUGAAAGUGAAGUGACGUUAGAGACUUGGGGUGCGAUUAGCAAUUCAUCUUUCUGGAAGGAACAACUCUGAUGAAAUUCUGCCAGUAAACAAAAUGUUGCGGCCAGUGAUCGCGAUGCUGAUCGUGGUCGCAAUGGCGAUCAUUUCGGCCAUCGUCGGACCGACAGACGCCCUCGCAAACUGCCCUCAAGCAUGUGACUGUGACGAUGAGACUCUGGUGGUGACUUGCGGCGAGGGACACUUGGACGUCCUGCCCAUCGCCCUUAAUCCCUCAAUUAAGCGUCUCGUGAUUAAGAACAACAAGAUCAAGAUGAUCGACUCGUCGCUGCAAUUCUACGCCGAGCUGCUCUUCCUCGAUCUCAGCUACAAUCAUCUGUUCAACAUUCCAGUGAAGACAUUCGGAUACCAGAAGAAGCUCCAGGAGCUGCAUCUCAACCACAACAAGAUCGGCUCGAUCAGCAAUCGCACCUUCAUCGGCCUCGCAUCGCUCACAGUGCUGAAUUUGCGUGGGAACUUUAUCGAUGAACUAGAUAAGAAUGUCUUCAGCGCCCUGGUGAAGCUUGAAGAAUUGAAUUUGGGUCAGAACAGAAUUGCCAGGAUCUCCGUGGGGGCUUUCGAUGGGCUCACGAAUCUGCGUGUGCUCUAUCUUGAUGAUAAUACCCUGACCAGCGUUCCUAGUGACGCCUUCCCGCCCUUGAGGGCCAUUGCUGAGCUCUUCCUGGGCUUGAAUUCUUUCACCACUCUUCCGGCGAGUGCUUUUGAGGCUCUGACUGCACUCUCCAAGCUUGAUCUUCGUGGAGCGGCGCUGGCCAAUAUCUCCACGGACUCUUUCAAGGGUCUCGAGCAAGUGCGCAGCAUGGAUCUGUCUGACAAUCGACUGCAGAGGAUCCCAACGCGAGAGCUGAGCACACUGGGGCGCCUGGAGGAACUCUCCCUGGGUCAGAAUGACUUUGAGGUGGUGCCCGAGGGCUCCUUUGUGGGGCUCACAAACCUCCGCCGCCUGGACAUCACGGGAUCUCUGAAGUUGCGCAAGGUCGAGGCUGGAGCCUUUGCCACAAAUACCAACCUCGAAUCCCUCACUCUGGCAUCCAACAAGGCACUGGUUGAGGUCCAGGAGGGUGCUCUCAGUGGGCUUCCUCAUCUCCGCCAUGUUAUUUUGAGGGACAACGCUCUGGUCACGCUGGCUGAGGGUCUGUUCCCCUGGGCAGAACUCCACACUCUGGAUCUCUCUGAGAACCCGCUCGUCUGUGACUGUCGCCUACUCUGGCUAAGGCAGCUAUUGGUUAGUCGCUCGAAUGGAAGCCAGCAGCCGGGAAGUGUGAUCUGCGCGGCUCCCGAACGUCUCCGAGAGGAACCUUUGCGUGCCAUCUCGCCUGAACUUCUUGGCUGCCUGCACACCGACCCGCGACGACAGGCCAUCAUUGGAGCUCUGGUUGUAGGAGCAGCGGCCACUAUCACUGCCCUCGCUCUCAUCCUCUAUCGCUGCCGCCGCCGAAUCCGUGAGGUGCUCAAAGGAGGCUGGGGCCAGUCAGCGCUAGGCCGCAAGGAACGCGAGUACCAGAAGACCUUCUCCGCCGAAGAGGACUACAUGUCGCGCCACUCGCACCCAUGCAGCCUGGCCGUUCACCCCACGCUCACCGGCUACGGCCACCACCAUCCUGGACUUCGGCCAAUUCCUGUGACUGAGCUAUAGCUAGAAGCGCCGCCGCCGCCACCCAGACGCGGCGCCCCGCAGCCCCCAGGCGCGGCGGCCUUUCUGCAGCUCAGCCAGGACCAUCUGAUGCCGAAGCACCCCAACGGAGCCAUCAACAACUACACGCCGCCACUGCCGCCGGAUGGAUUCCACACGCUCUCGGGGCCAGCGCUGCCAAUGCGUAACGGCCACCUCACCGCCGGCCGGAGGACAGUCUCCGGCCGUCACUAUCACUGAUCCACCCACCAGGAGCUCCGCGAUGAGCCGGUGUAAGGUGAACAGUGCAGAGCAAAGACUUGAUUUGUAUAAAACGGAGGGACGCCACUUGUGAAUACGUUUAUAUUUUCUAAGUUAUGUAUAUAUAGAAAAAAAAUUCUGAUCUAGAAUACCUUUUGAAAUCCACAUUCUAUCUCACAGUCAUAGUGAAGUUCAUUCGUUGCAAGAAACAAAAAAAAAACUCUUUGACAAGACACUUAUACUUAAAGAAAAUAUCAACAAUGAAGGCAGUGGAAGCAUGAAGUUGUGCAUGCGCGCGAUUUCGCGGGCAGGCACUGUCUAUUUAUAAACUAAUGUAAAUACCUUUAGACGUAAUUCGUCGUUAAGACACUCUCAAAAAUAUUACAAGAAUUUUCUCAGCGUGAAGAGAUAAAUUAAAUCUAUGAAUGUAAUUAUAGUCAGUUAUACUUGAAAAGAAAGAAGCACUAAGACAAAAGGUAUCUUUAAAUGUAAAUUUAUGGUAAAUACCGUUGCCAUUCUCGCACUUUUGUCCGCCACUGGUCUGAGAAGAGGUGCCCAACGAAACCCACAAUAGUUAGACAUAUCAUUGGUCAAAAAGUGACAAAAAGUGGCACAUUUUGGCGGCAAGUUCUGGGCGAUUUUGGCAACUCACACACACACAGAGUAUUCCAGACUCGAGGCUCAAUUCCAUGAGCCAGGAUGGAUUCGCGGUGGCAAAUUGAGUGAGUGUAAUUGAACACAGUCACGCCAGUGGCCCAUCUAAAGGGGUCAAAAGCUUAGAGAAAUUCCUGGGCAAAAACACCCGCGGAAUAAAUCACAUGAGCUCGCCAAACCUGUUUCAUUGGCUUGUGCGUCGAUUUGAGCGUGACUGCAAUUGCUCUGAUGAUCAUUUUUUUCUCGCGCAAAAACCUCAAUUGCAUUCUUCUGCGCGGCCAAAUGCAGCCCCUCGGCAAAGACGAAUCGACUUUAUCCCCACAGUGGACUUUUUGCAUCGCGCAUCUUUGCCCAACAUCCAUCAUAGAAAUCCACAACAGUAUAAAUGCUAUUUUUAAUGCGUCUCUGUCUGUUUUUCCCCCACGUUUCUCAUCUUUUCUGCACUCUUGUGCGCGCCGAACUGAAGCGUAGCGGCUGAAGAAUAGAAUUCCUCUGUGAAUCUCCUCAUGUGUGAUGUCUGUGCUGUGCUAACAUGUUAUCCUUAUCCAAGUGUCUUCCUUGGUAAUUGACUUCAAUUCAUUACUUGUGCAUACAGAAGUGUUGUCGAGAGUUAAAUUUGGGCAGGGAAUAGCAAAAAAAAAACCAUUAUUUCUCUGCAAAUUCAAGACACAAACCAAGAAAUCUUGAAAUCUUGGUUUUUGUCUUCAAGUCAGAAUGUGAAGUCAAUUCUCAUAUCCUAAUUGUGAAGUUUACUCUGUGACAUUGUCUUUUCCCUCUUCCACAAAUAUACCCAAUUUCCCUCAUAAUAUCCCACCGCUGAAUCCACAGCCGCCGCGUCGGCGCUCACCUUGUUGUGCACCGAAAAAGCCUAGAAUUCUGUACAUAUAUAUAUGUUUUAUUGCACGCCCAAGAUCACGAACUUCCACUUAUAUUUCUCUGGGGCUCUCUUGCACCUCGUCCCGCGCGGAUAUUGCGGCUUCCUGGGCAGAAAAUGGAAAUAGUCCACGCGAAAAAAAAAGGAACGACAAGAGCAGAGGAAGAAGUUCACGGUAUAUGGAGGAGAUAUAAAUAAAAAAUGACGGUAGAAUUUAUAAUAAUUCACCCGGAGGCACUUUAUGAUUCGCCAUUUGACUCUCUUGCCAUGUAAUUUCGUGCAAUUAAAUCCACAUCUAAUUACACUCUGGUGGAAUGUGUGUGCGCGCACAGACGGGGGUGAAGAAAGGGGUUGACUUUGGCGCCGAAAUCAAAGAGACUGGCAAGGAGCGAGAGAGCAAUAAGUCACAUUUGGGUGAUCAUCAAUAUCAUGGCAAAAGGGCACGACCUUCGGUGAUGUAUGGAAAAAAAAAAUGCUGGGCUCCCAACUUUGUUAUGUCUCACUUUUCCAGCGACAGAGACAAAUUGUGGCAAAUAUCGAAAUUGAGAUUUGUUUUCAACUGCACUCACUCCAAAGUGCCGCCGAAGAAUCCACCCUCAGUAUGUAAUCUUAGACACAAUGAUGAGAGCAGAGUAUUUGACGUCAUUGAGGAGAGAUCUUAAAAUAUCUAAUACAAGUUUUUAUGCAAGAGAAAGUACACGAGAGCGAGAGAAGAAGCGAAUUGUGAGAAUUUUUCGAAGGUGAAAUGAGUAAAUUUUGUAAUUGUAUAAUUAAUUUAAUGAUGAAAGAUAAAGAAAAAUGAUAAUAUAACUUUAAGAUUUGACUAGUCAAGAGGAGGAGAUGAAAACAAAAAAAAAAUUGAUAAGACAUAAACAGGAAUGUUAUAUAUGUAAUAGUGAAAUAGAUAAAGAAAAAAAAAUUCAAUGAGCCAUCAUCAAAUUGUCCAAAACUCCCCCAUAAUGAAAAAGUAAAAUUGAAAGAUAAUCAUAUUUUCUUGCCGUGUAUGUUCAUAAUCACAUCGACAUAGAGACACAAACGAAGUUGUAUUGAAUGUUAUAAAAGUAAAGCAGUGUAUCCACCAAAUAUGAUGAAUUUCUGUGUAACUGGAUCAACCGAGGAUAAUCCUCUUAAAUGUAAAAGACAUCAUGAGACACUCUCAAGCAUAUAAACUAUUAAUAAAACAGAUGCAUUUUCCUUCGUGGAUCAAAUAAA